AUGAGCACCGUUUCGAUGCAACAGGAAGAUUCAAGUUCAUCCCAGCAGGCCUCUGGAUCAUCAAGGUCGUCCCACCAAGCCUCUGCACCUGCCAGUUCAUCAAGCUCAUUCCAGUCCUCAUUGUCUCGCACUGUCUCAAUCAAAACUCCUGAGAGACAAUCCAGUGUUGUCUCCCAUUUCUUACCAGCCGAUCACAGGUUUGAAGCCACUGGGAGUGUAAACAUUAACCAAAAAUCCUCCUCUUCAGCAUCAUCAAAAUCAUCACAAGCAUCAUUUGUUUCUGUGCCAGCUGCUCCUGCCCCUGCAUUAUCCUUAGUACAGCUUCCAGUAUCUCAAGCAGUUUCCUCGGGAUCCCAAUCUUCUCUUAGUAGAACUGUAUCAAUCAAAACUCCAGAGAGAGUUUCAAGCGUAAUAUCACAUUUUACCCCAGCAGAUCACAGGUAUGAAGCCACUGGAUCUGUUCAUAUCAAUCAAGGUUCAAGAUCUGCUUCUUCUGGUGUAGCAACAGUCGUUCCUGCUGUUGCACCCCCUCAAAUCCGAAAAAUUGUAGUUCAAGCACCCGAAAGAGUGGCUCCAGUAGUUGUAAAAUCUGUGUCACAGAAAAAGCAAUCAUUUUCUUCCGAUGAAAAAUCUCUAAGACGUACAGUCUCGGUGAAAACCCCUGAGAGACAAUCCAGCGUUAUCUCCCACUUCACACCGGCUGACCACAGAGAUCACCACAACCAGCAAUCCCCGCUCCUGUAUCUGCCCCUAGAUCUGAACCUGCCCCUGCCCCUGCCCCUGCCCCUGCCCACAGUCAACCAAUUCGCAGCAGCUCUUUCAUCUAAUGCAAAGUCAAUCUCCUCAUCAUCUAGGGCCCAGUCAUCACUGUCACGUACUGUCUCAGUAAAAACCCCCGAAAGAGUUUCCAGUGUAAUCUCUCAUUUCACUUCUGCUGACCACAGAUAUGAAGCAACUGGAUCUGUCGUUAUCAACCAAGAAUCUCAAACACCAAGACGUCUGAUAGUUCAAGAACCUGUUGUUCGGGCUCCUCAGCCUGCCAUCGUAAGAGCUCCAGUACAGGUCCAAGCCCCGGCACCACAGGCCGAGUCCCAAUUAUCUCUCUCCCGCACAGUUUCUAUCAAAACCCCCGAAAGAGCUUCCAGCGUAAUUUCCCACUUUAAUCCAGCUGAUCACAGGUAUGAAGCAACAGGCAGCGUUGUCAUCAGCAAAGGCUCUCGAAAUGCUCCCACAGUACCAGCACCUGCAGUUCCAGCUGCUCCCAUUAGAGCUAAAUCCAUCGCUGCUCCCAAGCCAGUAGCCCCAGCUCCAGCUCCAGCUCCAGCCCCAGCCCCAGCCCCAGCUCCCCGUAAACCAUCACAAGUAUCUCUCUCCCGUACUGUUUCUGUGAAGUCGCCGGAUAGAGUUUCAAAUGUGAUCUCCCAUUUCACGCCUGCAGUCCACCGCUACGAGGCCACUGGAUCCGUUACUAUCAACAGGUCAAACGGUGUUCUCCAGACUGUACUUGAGAGCUCACAACAACAGUAUAUAAGGAGAAGAACUCGUCACUGGAAUCCAGUCCCUCAGCAGUCAUUGCUGGAAGAUGUCCUGUACGAAGCCACAGGCAGUGUUGUCAUCAGCAAAGGCUCUCGAAAUGCUCCCACAGUACCAGCACCUGCAGUUCCAGCUGCUCCCAUUAGAGCUAAAUCCAUCGCUGCUCCCAAACCAGUAGCACCAGCUCCAGCUCCAGCUCCAGCCACAGCCCCAGCUCCCCGUAAACCAUCACAAGUAUCUCUCUCGCGUACUGUUUCUGUGAAGUCGCCGGAGAGAGUUUCAAAGUGAUCUCCCAUUUCACACGCAGUCCACCGCUACGAGGCCACUGGAUCCGUUACUAUCAACAGGUCAAGUGCUCUCCAGACUGUACUUGAGAGCCCACAACAACAGGAUAUAAGGAGAAGGACUCGCCACUGGAAUCCAGUCCCCUCAGCAGUCAUUGCUGGAAGAUGUCCUGUAGAUCUGGAUGAAACGUCGCCCCGAACAACUCUCAAAUUACCCAUCCCACUAGUGGGAAAUUUGUUUUUAACAGUCAGCGUUGCCAACGCUGCAGGUAAAAACUUCCUUGAGUUACCAUCCCAGACGGUUGGCACGCUGGUACAGAGACGUAUUGGAGAGUACUUCGAUCGUCUGUCGAGUCAGUACGUCUAUGUCGUCUACUUCUUCCAGCUGGAUCCUCCAGAGCUCUGGGCUGUAAAAGACAAGAAAAUAUCGUCUCCUUUGUACGAAACGAGCCUGGAUACUGCUUGCAGCUCACUCACUCUCUUCGCUGUUGCUAAUGCAGUAGGAAGAGAACUUUCUUUGUUAACUGUCUUAAUGUCAGAUUCUCGAUUGGUUCGAACUCUGGGGAACUUAGAAAACGAAGCACUACCGACAAAUCCCAUGAAAGGGGCUAGACAGCCUCCUACCUGUGCAGACGAGGGACAUGUCUCCUACUUCGUAAAAUUCCGAGCCGACGAAGGCUUAGCGGAUGAUGAGGAAGGGCCUGAACCCGCCCUGUUCGCAAAGCGCACCUUCUUAGGUGAUCUAGGGGGAGACUUAGAAGUCUGUCUUCUCAUAGGGGAAGCCCUACGUGCUCCUCUAGGUGACCGGGAGCCCUGUGCUGCUACUCGAAUCAUGGCCUGUUGCGAUUCGACUGCCGAAUUGGAAGCCACGAAGUUAGUCAUAUUGGAUACGUCUCCCUCCUUAAAAAGAGAAUCUGCUAACGCUAUGGGAGCUCUAACCAGAGGACAGCCCAAGUCCACCGGAAUAUCCCGAAGUUCGGGAAUCGAUUCCUCUUCCGCAGCCGCCGAACGAACGGUUUGGGUGCCAAAGAAGGCGGAGGAGGGCCAGAGUGCGGUCCAUCCAACGAUGAAAAGAAAAGAGAGCGGAACCGAAUGUGCCUGGAUCGAGGAAGAGGAGGGAAGAAUGAAAGGGGAAGAGGUUACUCCAGAAGGGUCCGCAGCAGUAAACGUCGAAGCUGACAGCUGUACCUCGCUCAAUCGUGAUGCCUCUCGACUAGGCGAGGCAGAAACGCAGGACGAAAAGACGGCAGACUUGACGUCCCAAAAUAAACCAGGACCCAAAACAGAGGGAGAGAACAGAUCUACUACUGCUUCUUUAGGGUAUAAAUUCACAGAAAACGGAAAACAGGACGAUUUGCCAUCAAUCAUUUCUUCUUCUUUCCGAAGAGACACAACAGACAGAACUGAUGUCAUUACAGACCAAAGCUGCAGGAAACGAGAUAUGAAAAGGGGGCGGAAAGGGAGCGCACAGCCCCAUUUCUUCGAGUUUAUGCCCAUCAAGGAAGAGGGAGCCAGAAAGUGGAUGACAUUUCGUCACCACCUUAUUCUUGAUAAGAGGCAACAACCAAUUACUUCCAUCAAGAAGAUAUUACGAAGACCAGCCAGUCAUCAGUGGAAUCCAGCGUUCCAGCGUUCCAGGGAGGAUUACUCCCAGGGCAAGGAACGUUUGACCUUCCAGAUAAAAGACGGGUCAAAGAUCUCGACUCUGCCGAUAACCCACAGUUCAGGUAGCGAGAGCUCUUGGAGACUAUUGGUCACAGUUACCCGCAGGGAUUCAGGCAUCGCUAUGAAGAAAACUAAGGCCGACAUCUUCGCUCCUGCCACAGUGUUCUCCAACAAGGGAAUCACCAGGUUUUCCGACUUUGCUGUUUCAGGGGUCAACAACCAAUUCGUUGAAUCCACAGCAAUGAACUUCGACCAGAAUUCAGCUGCCUUGUUUGCUGAUUCCUUUGCUGAAGCACUGAAAACUGAAAGGUCAUCAUCGUCCGGGUCCGUGCCAGCAAUGUCAAUGUCGAUGUCAAUGGGACCCGAAGCACACGUCAAUGGCUCUUCUGUCAUCCGUGACUCUGGUUCAUCUCACUCUUCCUCUUCAAGGUCACAGAGCCAGGGCUCAAGCUCCUCUGGCUCUGCCAAGAGCAUUUUUGCAUCAGGAGCAAGCAGCCAAAGAUUAAGCUCGUCUCAUUCUUUGUCUUCGUCAGCAUCCAGUUCAUCAGCUGCGGCCUCUGAACAAUCAAGCGCAUCUGGCAGUUCUGGUUCAAGAUCUUCCCAGUCAUCCCUUUCUAGAACAGUUUCAAUUAAGACUCCAGAGAGGGUGUCUUCCGUGAUAUCCCACUUUACCCCCAAUGAGCACCGUUUCGAUGCAACAGGAAGAGUGACAAUCAACCAAGCAUCUUCUGAAGAAUCAAGGGCACAAGAUUUCGGUUCUGCUGAGUUUCAAUCCUCUAGUUCAAGUUCAUCCCAGCAGGCCUCUGGAUCAUCAAGCUCAUCCCAGCAGGCCUCUGGAUCAUCAAGGCAUCCAGCAAAGCCUCUUCACCUGCCAGUUCAUCAAGCUCAUUCCCAGCAAAAAAAAGCCUCUUCACUGCCAGUUCAUCAAGCUAUUCCAGUCCAUUGUCUCGCACUGUCUCAAUCAAAACCCCUGAGAGACAAUCCAGUGUGUCUCCAUUUCUUACCAGCCGAUCACAGGUUUGAAGCCACUGGGAGUGUAAACAUUAACCAAAAAUCCUCCUCUUCAGCAUCAUCAAAAUCAUCACAAGCAUCAUUUGUUUCUGUGCCAGCUGCUCCUGCCCCUGCAUUAUCCUUAGUACAGCUUCCAGUAUCUCAAGCAGUUUCCUCGGGAUCCCAAUCUUCUCUUAGUAGAACUGUAUCAAUCAAAACUCCAGAGAGAGUUUCAAGCGUAAUAUCACAUUUUACCCCAGCAGAUCACAGGUAUGAAGCCACUGGAUCUGUUCAUAUCAAUCAAGGUUCAAGAUCUGCUGGUGCAGCAAGAGUGGUUCCUGCUGUUGCACCCCUCAAAUCCGCAAAAAUUGCAGUUCAAGCACCCGAAAGAGUGGCUCCAGUAGUUGUAAAAUCUGUGUCACAGAAAAAGCAAUCAUUUUCUUCCGAUGAAAAAUCUCUAAGACGUACAGUCUCGGUGAAAACCCCUGAGAGACAAUCCAGCGUUAUCUCCCACUUCACACCAGCUGACCACAGGUAUGAGGCUACGGGAUCCGUUGCCAUAAACAGCGGUUCUCUGGAUCACAAAAAUCUGUUGUACAUUUGUGGUAAGAUCACCACAACCAGCAAUCCCCGCUCCUGUGGCCCAGUCAUCACUGUCACGUACUGUCUCAGUAAAAACCCCCGCCCCGAAAGAGUUUCCAGUGUAAUCUCUCAUUUCACUCCUGCUGACCACAGAUAUGAAGCAACUGGAUCUGUCGUUAUCAACCAAGAAUCUCAAACACCAAGACGUCUGAUAGUUCAAGAACCUGUUGUUCAGGCUCCUCAACCUGCCAUCGUAAGAGCUCCAGUACAGGUCCAAGCCCCGGCACCACAGGCCGAGUCCCAAUUAUCUCUCUCCCGCACAGUUUCUAUCAAAACCCCCGAAAGAGCUUCCAGCGUAAUUUCCCACUUUAAUCCAGCUGAUAAACCAGUAGCCCCAGCUCCAGCUCCAGCCACAGCCCCAGCUCCCCGUAAACCAUCACAAGUAUCUCUCUCGCGUACUGUUUCUGUGAAGUCGCCGGAGAGUGUUUCAAACGUGAUCUCCCAUUUCACGCCCGCAGUCCACCGCUACGAGGCCACUGGAUCCGUUACUAUCAACAGGUCAACCGAAUAAAUAUGUAUAUAAUUAG